UAAUGGUAAGGUUAAAACAUUAUGAUGAAUUUACAUCGAUACAUAGUAAAAACUUUAUUGAAACGUUAUUGGCGAACAACCAUGAAUUGGACAUUAAUUCGGUUGAAAAGUAGCGAAGGACAUCCAACUGCUGGAAUAAUCGUAAUUGGAGAUGAAAUUUUAAAAGCGCAAGUAAAAGAUACCAAUUAUUUCUAUGCAUGUAAGCUGCUUUAUAAAUAUGGAGUCAAAGUUCAAAAAAUUGCAAUCGUACGAGACAAUCUUCAAGAUAUCGCGAAAGAAAUAAAAUAUUUUUCUAAAAUGUUCAACUAUGUUUUUACAUCAGGUGGUAUAGGACCGACUCACGAUGAUCUUACAUAUGAAGCUAUAGCAUUGGCUUUUAACGAUACAUUGCAUUAUCAUCCAACAUUGGUGGAUAUUAUAAAAAAUUAUUUUGACUUACAAGACUUGUACGGAACAUUUCCUUUGCCAGCUUAUAAAAUGGCAUACAUACCAACAAAAUCCAUACUUAAAUUUGGAAAAGACGAAGUUACAGGCAAAAUGCUCACUUAUCCAUACGUAAUAAUAGAAAAUGUUUAUAUAUUUCCUGGAUCACCUGUAUUUUUUGAGAAAUCUUUUCAAACAUUGUGCAAGGAAUAUUUUACUUAUUGUAAAAAAUUCGCAACAACCGAAAUUUAUAUAAAUGCGAAAGAAGAAUCAUUCGCAGAUAUUUUACGUAAAGUUGCAUUAGAAUAUUCAAAUGUUACUUUUGGCUCGUAUCCGGAACGUAACAGGUAUUACAAAGUGCGUAUAAUUAUUGAAAGUGAGAAUGAAAACGACAUUGAAAAGGCAAAAAAAAUAUUUUGCGAUCGUAUACCGUCAAAUAUUUUGGUAAAUUAUGAUCGGACACCGCAUGUGGAUUGUUUAUCGAAGUACGAAAUGUUGAUUGAAAAGUCCCCACAUCGAUCAGUUUAUGAACGUUCCUUCAAGAAAUUCGUAAAUUAUUAUGAGAAACCUGAAGAAAUUUGGAUAUAUUUGGAUGGUAGCGAAGAAUCAAUCAUUAUGAUACAUCUUGCUCGUGUCGUUAGCAAUAAAUUGCGAUAUUGUUCAAAGAUGAAACUACGUGCAAUUUGUUUUAAAUCCGAUAUUUUAAAAUCGGAAAUUAAUGAAUUUUUUAAUGAAAUUAAGAAUAUGUACAAUAUCGAAUUAUGUAAGUUAGAAUACGAGGAAAAUGAUGUUGUUCGUGCAAUAAAAAAUUUUACCUUAUUGAAGCCGGAAUUACGAAAGUUAUUGAUUGGAAAACGGUUGAACAGUAACGAGAGGGAAAUUUAUAAUAAUCUUGAACGAUUAAAUGACAAUUCCACACAGUUUGUACAUUUUCCUCUUAUCGAUUGGACAGACAAAGAUGUUGAAAAUUUCUUUAAUUCUCUCUUUUUACCUUACUAUACGAUAAAAAGUUAAACGAUAAGGCAAAUAAUAGAUAUGAGAUAAAAAAAAGAAAAAAAGAAAUAAGAAAAUAAUGAAAAAGUAAGUGUAUUAUUAAUAAAAAUGACGAUAGAAAAUUUCGUAUCGAUAAAUUUUAUAUUUAUCGAUUAAUUGAAUAAAAAAUUCCUUAACCGCUUGAAUAGUAUCAAAACGAAUAAUAUAUGAUUUAAUGUAUAUUAUAUGAUGUAAUAUGUAAAUUGAACUCAAAAUUGAGAUAAUUAAUUAGAAUUUAUAGAAUAACGAGAUUUGUAAAAAUCCUGUAAAUUUCUAGAAUGUACAAAAAUAUUAUCUUAAUUCUUUUUUCUCUUUUUCGCUCUCACUCUCGCUUUCUCUCUUUCUCCCUUCCCUCCUUUCAUUUUUCCUUUUUCAUAUGUGGUAUGGGGAGAAAAAAAAGUGCACGAUUAAAAUUAAUUACCCAUUAAAAAGAGAACGCAUCGAGUUAUUCCUCAUCCUCGGGAAAAAAAAACUACUCGAAUAAUCGAAUAUUUUAAUUUCUUCUUCUUCUUCUUCUUUUUAAUAUUAAUUAUCUCAAGUUAAUAUAAUUUUUAAUUAUUUUCCUUUAAAAUAGAUGACAAUGUGCCUGUUUUGAAAUUGAGAGAUGAGUCAAGAAGAUCAAUGGAGAAGAAAAUGAAUUUUUAUCAAAAGUAUAUCUAUAAUUAUGCAGUUUAAUGGUAUUUAAUUUUUAGUUAUUUAUGAUAUUUAAUUUUUAGUAAUAUAUCGGUACACAUUAUUUUUUCCAAGUAAUAAUCGAUCAUAGCUCAACUUAUUGUACAAUACUAAUAAAACAUAUACUAUA